AUGACAGCCCUUCCAGAUGACAUGGUUGCCUCCGACCUCACCUCGGCCAUUGUGCUGGCUGGCGUGAGACAUGAGGAGACAAUCGCUGCCUUCGAUGACGGCCCCAAGCGACGGUCGAGAUGGUCGGAGUGCAAAGUAGCAAAAAAGGGCAAGCGAUGGGGCCUGCCUGACGACAAGCCGUACAAACCAUUGAGCUAUGUGGAUUUGCCAAUGGGACUCUCUGAAAAGGAGAUCGACCAGUUUCUCCGAGAACAGCGAUUAGAAGAUCUCCACAGAAAAAUCCAGGCUCACGAGCUUGAAGAUGUAGAUCCUGACAUCCGGCCGCCGUCGCCGCCUCCUGUGUACGACAAGGGCGGCAACCGCCUGAACACGCGGGAUGUCCGAAUCAGGAAAGGCAUGACUGCCGAGUACAACAGACUGAUUCGGUACAUGAUCAAACACGUUGACGGCUACCUGCCGCCUGUUGAUUGGAAACCUGCGAAGUUGAUGAAGAAGAUCAUCAUCCCCAUCGAGAAGUUUCCUCAGGCUCCCUUCAUGGGCGUCAUUAUCGGACCUCGUGGUGUCAACCACAAAAGGCUACAGGACACGACCGGCUGCAAGAUCUUCAUCCGUGGCCGAGAUAUCGGCGACAAGUGGCAAACAGAUGAAGAGGCAGCAAUGCCGCAGCAUGUACACAUUGAGGGUGAGACGGAGGAGCAGCAAAGGGCACGAGUCAUAUGUCCAGCAUGUCUUAGCUUAUUCACAGUACCUUUGCUGGCAAUGCCGUGCCGUGUGGGUGUGGUGGGAGCCGGCCCACUCGUCGGCCGUGCACACUGUCUACUUCUCAAGCGCCUGGCUGCAGACGAUGAUGUAGAGCUGGCCUGCAUCUGUCAGCGGCGUGCAGAUGAUACGGCCCUGGCCGAGCAGCUGCAAGUGCCACUGUACGUUGACGCGAAGGAGAUGGCGUGCCAGGAGGCCCUUGACGGAGUCGUCAUCGCCGCGCCAACUCACCUCCACUUGGCGUUAACGCAGGCCUGCAUCGAAGGCACAAAGCUUCGCAGGGAAGAAGGCCGAGGUGGCACCUUGAAAGCAUUGCUGAUCGAGAAGCCCAUUUGCCACGACCUUCAGAGCGCAGCAGAGCUUCUCAGUGUUACAGACUCGGCGGGUGUGGUGGUCCUCGUUGGCCACCAGCGCCGCCACUCACGGCUUGUGAAGCGAGCGCGUCAGGUGGUUACGGAUCAGGACUUCGGGCCUCUACGUGGUGUGAAUAUGGAGUUCUCAUUGCUGAAACCCGAUUCCUACUUCUGCAAAGACGACCCGGCGCUGGAGUGGCGAAGACGGAAGGGUGUCGGCGGCCCGAUCCUGAUCAACACGAUCCACGACCUGGACCUGAUGCGCUUUAUCACUGGCCACGAAAUCACCAAAGUCUUUGCCAUGACCAGCAGUGCAGCGCGUGGUGAAGAGGUCGAAGACUCCGGUGGCAUCACAGUGACCUUCGACCAUGGCGCUGUAGGCACCCUCUUCUUUACGGAUGCCGCCCCAGCUCCCUGGAGCUAUGAGUUUACCACGGGGGAGAACAAGAAAUACCCGCCGGUGCCGGGCAAUGAUAUGCGGGACUGCUAUCACUUCAUGGGAGCACAGCGUUCUCUGGGCUUUCCGAGCCUACACGACUUCAGCUAUCGUGGCGCAGCCGAGCGUGGCUGGGAUGCCCCACUGACGGUGGAGCAGCCCGUGGUCCAAACGGAGGAUCCGCUCCUUCUGCAGAUGAACCAUUUCGUCCGAGUUUGUCGAGGAGAAGAGAUUCCAGUGUGCAGUGGACGUGAUGCCGUGGAGAGCUUAGCCGUGGUACUCGCGGUGCAGCGGUCGGCAGAGUGCGGACGUGCUGUGGCCCCCAGUGAGUUGCUGGCGGAGGUGAAUAAGGAUGCAGUCAGCGCCUGUCGCCUGGACAGCUCGCUGUUGCCCAUCUCCAAGGAGCCGGCAGCAUGCUCUGCAGAGACUACGACGGCCAGGGCUGGCCGAAAGCGGCUGGAAACGGUGACAGAGUCCGACUUGGCUUCGCCACAGUCUGCCUGA